GAGUUCUGGAGGAAUUUCAGGUGUUACAAUUGCUUGGGAAAAAGAGGUUUGCCUUAGUUGUCACCGAAUGAGAGGGAAGAUAUAGGGAUUGUACACGAAACAACGUUCAAAAUUUUUGUAUCUAUGUGAAUUCAGGAAAAAAGUUACAUUUCAGAAAUUUAAAGUUACAUUAAUAGAACUGCACGGAAAGAUGAGCGACCCCGUCAUUUAAGGAAAGCAAAUUUCUGGAAUGAUGCCAUAGGUGGGUUGCAUGUUACGUCACGGCAGCCAUGUUGAUGGCCAAAUAUAAAAGAAUAUUUUAUCAAUACCAAUGUUGGCACCAGCGGACGUGGGCGGGUUACAUUGUCUCAUAAUUCUUUAGAGAUUAGCUGCAAUCCGAGAAUUAAACAAGCGUAGCAUUGAGGCUCUAAAACUUUCUGACCUGUUGAUUGAUUUUGCAUACAAGUUAACGUUUCUAUACGUGAGCUAGCAGACAUGUCUUUGGUUUGUUCCCACACAGCUUCUUUAUCUACUUAGUACUGAACUUUGGACUAUCUUCUGAUUAUUAACUUAUAUAUUCGGAAUAGUGAAGUUGAAUUGCAUGUUUUGUGCAGCAGUUUGUUGAAUAUUGACUAUUUAAUCUGUAUUGGUAUUGAUCUUUGCUUUUAUUCAAAAGAGCUGGGCGACUAUAUUGUGUGUGCGAAAAUGGAAGCAAGGAAACCGCGUAUCAUCAAAACAUUGAUGUCACAAAAAUUUAUGAAAGAAUUUGAGGUUGUUUUUUCCUGAUUCACACCCUGGAAACUCCCGUGAGUGGACACCCUUGUGACUAUGACCUAAUGUCUUCUUCGAGCUCCUCAGUGAUCAGACUUAAAAACUACACACGGACAAAGUCGUUCAAAUUUAAAUCCACACAAGUAAGCACAAAGAAGUAUGCUAAAAAGAAAAAUGAUGUGGAUUUUUGUAUGUGCUCUCAUCUUCAAUCAUAUGUGGUUCAUUGAAGGUGUUGCUGAAGGUUCCUUAUCAAAGAUAAAUAAUGUGAGAUGUGAUCCAAAUCAUGUGUGUCCCGAUGGGAAUACGUGCUGCAAGGAUGACAUUAAAAAGAUAUAUGGUUGCUGUCCUCUUAAGGACGGAGUAUGCUGUUUAAAAAAAUAUACGUGCUGUCCUAAAGGAACGAUGUGUGACGGGUAUGCUUGUAAAAAAUCCCCUGCUGUUUAUGCAGCUAUGUUAAUGGAGCCGAGUAUGAAGCAACGUGCGAAAUCUUUCCUUUCAGGCAACGAAACUAUUGCAGAUCUAAUCUUGAACGAAGAACAAGGCAUACACAACAUGAAGAUUUCGAUAAAUUUUCCAGCAAUGUUUCUAAAUAUUUUGAAUCAUCAUUCAAGAAGGACCAGAAAAGAAAGAACAAUAGUGAACACUGAACAUUACAUCUGGUUUUACUUCAAAACUUCAAACGUUAAUGUAGCAUCCAAUUCUGAAUAUAUUACACCAUUGGCGUUUACCCAAAGGGCGUUUCCUUGGGGUCAUUUCCUGAAGGUCUUUUCUCGAGAGUCUUUUCGUGGUGCUGUUUUUCUACGCUUUUUCCCAGGGUUCUUUACCUGUGGUUCAUUCUCGGAUAUUUUUCUCCAGGGCUUAAACCCUUCAUUUUGCCCAGAGUACUGUACAUGCUCAACAGUAUCAUAUAGUAUGUUAUAUAUUUUGAAUAAAUUAGUCGUGACUUUUGAAACUUAUAUUAGCAGUCGAUAAUCUACUAAGAGAUGUG